AUGAAAUAUGUAUACUUGUAUUAUGAAAAAAAGGAUGUAGAGUGUUUGUCAUCUAAUGAAGCGAUUUUGGACAAAGAGUCGGUUAAGCAUGUAAGAGCGAUACACUUGGUACUAUACAAUCCAGAACAAAACUAA